UAUGUAAUUGUCACAGAUUAUUGAAUGGAAUCCAGCUGGUUUGCCGACGGAUGAGCAAAACCAGUUUACUUUCUGUUCAUUGAAGAACUUGUGAUAUAGGUGGUAUCUUCAAGCGUUUGACUAAACAGACUGAAGUAGAGUAUUCAGGAGAUUCACACCAGCGAAGAAGAACAGGAAAUGGGAUCAAAGAAUGAAUUACUGGAAGAAUAUGGGCAGCUGGAAAUGCAACUGUUGAAGUUGAAAGAAAGAUAUGACGAUAUAUGUUCCUCCGUCGUUCAGAGAGCAUCGGCAGAGUAUUUAAGAUGCAAGAAUCAUUUCAUUCUGAGACGAAAAAACGAAGUCAAAAGUAUUAUCGAAGGUUGUAUUAAAGUCUCGGUUUUGCAAAAGUUCCCACAAUAUUCUGACGAUGAACAAGACAAAGGUGAAACACCCCGUAAAGGACUUCUAACGGUUGCAAGACAAUUUUCGUGUACAAUGGGAGACGUACAAGCUGUUUUGGAAAUAAAACAUAAAGUUAGACACAUGAAAAAGGCGGAUUUACAAAGAGAAAUUGAAAAGACGAAAACAGAAUUAUCCGAAAUGAAUAAAAAGUUUGAAAAACUACUGGAAGAGAUAACAACACUAGAAGGAGAUUACAAAGCGUCCAGUCAUAUCCGCAUCUUUUACAGGCGGUAUUUAGAGAGAAAAAGUAUGAUAAAAACUUUCAUCAGGGAUUCAACUCAGUAAUGGUAACGGCUUUCUGGACUUGAAAAAGACGUAACAUUAAAGUCUAUAUCGCAGAAGCAUGUUAAAAAUGAUGCAUGGAACAUGGAACUUUCAGUGGCAGAAAAAUAUGUUGAAACUAUGUCUCAAAUUACAUUGGCCUUUAAAAUAAUUGUCUGGCUGAUUGACAUUGUUUGUAGACUGACAUUGCUUUUAGAGUGACCAAUUACUUUGACUGAAAUUAUGUGAUUUUGGAUACAGUAUCGCAUUUAUCAGCAAUUUCGGAAGGUCCUCUGAUUGCCAACUUUACUUGUAGACGUGGUCAAUAUGUAUAACAGAGAUCUCUUAGGAACCAUGUCAAGCAUCAGAUGGCACUGGACUGAAAAUGCUUCAGCUCCUACCUGACAGGACUCGAACCAAUUAUGCUGCCGGGUCAGAUGGCGGUGGAUUUUGGGCCAGUCAUUCUUCGACAACGACCAGGAUUAUUAUUCAGCUCAGAUCUAACCUGUAUUUAACAUCUUAGGACUUUUUUAAUUGAAAAUGAAAACAACUUACAGAUAUGUUUUAGACGAUAGUCGGCGCAAGACAGAUUCAUCAAUAUAUGAGCCGUGCCAUGAGAAAACCAACAUAGUGGGUAUGCGACCAGCAUGGAUCCAGACCAGCCUGCGCAUCCGCGCAGUCUGGUCAGGCUCCAUGCUGUUCGCUUUUAAAGCCUAUUGGAAUUGGAGAAACUAUUAGCGAACAGCAUGGAUCCUGACCAGACUGCGCGGAUGCGCAGGCUGGUCUGGAUCCAUGCUGGUCGCAAAGCCACUAUGUUGGUUUUCCCAUGUCACGGCUCAUAUAUACGAUUUAAGGUAAAAUCAGUCUCCUUGUUGGAUCCUUGAAUUCGGAUACAAAUACUUAUGCUGCUUUUAUCUUUUUGACUUUUACAUUGAUAUACCCAGAUGCAUGUCAUUCGUGAAAGCUCUACAUAACAAGAGUAAUAAUGGAACUAAAAAUAAAAUUUAAUGUGUAGAUACAAUGUAUGUGAUUCUGA